AUGUUUGUAGCCAACAGAGCACAUGGUAGGAUUUUUCCUGCAUGCCGACUAGAUUAUUUGAUGCCUACAGACACCGGAAAGACAAUGCUCUCUCUGCAAGCUCUCAUGAAUCCCGCCUCGCCUGGCUAUUCUGUUACUUGCUUUCGACAGUCUUCUUCAGUGUUAGCGACCGAAUCUAGAUUAUUGCCGACGGAAGUACAAACUGCUGUGGAUGUGUCGCCUGUGCCGAAGAUCGAGCCAUCGGCAAGCAUCGCCAGCAUGACAAAGUUCAAACCGUUGGGGCCGAUCAACUUUGCACCUUUCGAAGGAAUCGAUCAAGCAUCAUAUCGAGAGAUGUGCCGGUUUCGCGUUAGUCCGCUAGGAAAGAUACGACAAAACUGCCAACAUAUCCCCUACAACAGUUCAAAAAAGGACUUUUUCGAGAAGACGGGAAGAGAAAGUAUUGAAGUUUUUAAAUACGAAUUCCGAUUACCAGACAAGGAAAAGAUCUAUACCGUCAUGUGGGAUUACAAUGUCGGCCUUGUUCACAUGACUCCAUUCUUCAAAUGCCUGGAGUAUACGAAAACCACGCCGGCACAAAUGUUGAGUCAGAAUCCAGGUUUGAGAGAAAUAUCGCCCAGUAUCACUGGCGGCGCCGUAUCAGCCCAAGGAUAUUGGAUGCCUUACCGGUGUGCUAGAGCGGUAUGUGCGACUUUCUGUCACAAGAUUGCGGGCGCACUGAUUCCUCUCUUUGGCCCUUCGUUUCCCUCCGAGUGCGCUCCGGCGCCCUUCAACACUACUCACUGCAAGGGCAUGGUGAUUAAUCAGCAAAUCAUACUCAAAGCAACCGAAGAAGUCGAGAAAUACCGCCAAAGGCAGAAUAGCGGGUUCAUCAAGGCGGUCGGUGAACUGAGCAGCUCUCAUCGGGUCGAAAACUAUACAUUGCGUCGUAAACAGGAGAACCAGACUACACUUAUGCCCAUAUUACCGUCGCAAUAUCGUUCCGCUUGGACACCAGUCGAUGGAUCGAUGACCAAUAGCCGCGCUAUGGAAGCUUCAACCCCGAGGAUGGUGUGCGACAGCCGCGAGGCCACCAGGAUAUUGCUUGGAUCGAGUCGCAGUGCUCUUCCGAAUCAAGCUGUGCCUAGCCAAAAUCCAUGCCAGAAGGAGAAAACAAACGCAUUUGGUCCGUCACGGACAGAAGUGAACGUUUCUGAGGGAAAAUGGGGGCCAAACCGGCGCAAACGAGCUUUUGACGAACGGAUCACGAUGGAUUCGCCCAGCGGAGGAGAGGGAUCACAUCGAGAAGAGCACUUGGGGGUAGCUGAAGUUCUACUGAGCCUGGCCACAGAUGUUCGAGACACGGCGCAUCCAACAUCACUGGCUGUGGAAAUGUCAGACAACGGCGAAGACUUUCACGGGCGACGUCGCAAAAGGAAGCGACCAAAGCCUCUCUUACUUUAA